GGCGGCGGGGGGGAUGUGACGUCACUUCCGUCGCGCUGCGGGUGACGUCAGGGAGGCGAUGGCGGCGCCGCGGGUGUCGCUGGGGCCGCUGAAGGAGCCGCUGGGGCUGAACCGGGCCCUGCAGUGGUUUUUCUCCAUCUUCGCUUUCUCCACCUGCGGCGGCUUCGAGGGCUCCGUCACCUUCAGCAUCACCUGCGGGGAACACCUGGGACAGGUGACACAGGAACACCUGGGACAGGUGACACAGGGACACCUGGGACAGGUGAACCAGGAACACCUGGGACAGGUGACACAGGAACACCUGGGACAGGUGAACCAAACAGCGAUGAUGAUGAUGACGACGACGACUGUGACCGCCAAAUUCGGGUACCCCUUCAGGUUGAACCAGGCCGUGUUCCUGCCGUCUCUGACUCACCUGUGCAACCACACCUGGCCCCAGGACGUUCACCUGAUCGGGGACUUCUCCUCGGCCGCCAGGUUCUUCGUGGGCGUGGCCGUGGUGGCCUUUCUCUACAGCCUGCUGGCCCUGGGGGGUUACCUGGGCUACCUGCACCUGUACAGGUGUGCGGGGUCACGCCUGCCCAGCCUGGUGAGUGAUGGUGGGGUGGGGUUUACCUGUCCAGGUGUGUCCAGGUGUGUCCAGGUGGGAUUUGAGGGCUUGGACAGGUGUGCCCAGGUGUGCCCAGGUGUGUCCAGGUGUGCUCAGGUGUCCCCAGGUGUGUCCAGGUGGGAUUUGAGGGCUUGGACAGGUGGGAUUUACCUGUCCAGGUGUGUCCAGGUGGGGUCUGAGGGCUUGGACAGGUGUGUCCAGGUGUGUCCAGGUGGGAUUUGAGGGCUUGGACAG